AUGGCUAACGUAGAAAAACCAAACGAUUGUUCAGGCUUUCCCGUUGUUGACUUGAAUUCGUGCUUUUCUAACGGCUUCAAUAAUGAGAAACAAGAAAUAGAAAUGGAAACGGAUGAUUCACCGAUUUUAUUAAUGUCAUCAUCAGCUUCCAGAGAAAACUCAAACACUUUCUCUGUGAUACAGAGGACGCCAGAUGGAAAGAUCAUUACCACAAAUAAUAAUAUGAACUCCAAGAUUAACAAGCAACUGGACAAGUUGCCCGAAAAUUUAAGGCUUAAUGGUAGAACCCCCAGUGGGAAACUAAGGUCAUUUGUUUGCGAGGUUUGUACGAGAGCGUUCGCAAGACAAGAGCACUUGAAAAGACAUUACAGAUCGCAUACAAAUGAAAAACCUUAUCCCUGUGGCCUCUGCAACAGAUGCUUUACUAGGAGGGACUUACUGAUCAGGCAUGCUCAAAAAAUCCAUAGUGGUAAUUUAGGGGAAACGAUUUCCCAUACCAAGAAAGUGUCGAGAACUAUAACUAAAGCUCGGAAAAAUUCUGCAUCCUCAGUCAAGUUUCAAACUCCAACCUAUGGUACUCCAGAUAAUGGUAAUUUUUUGAAUCGCACUACUGCCAAUACAAGAAGAAAAGCAAGCCCUGAAGCUAAUGUUAAACGUAAGUACUUGAAAAAACUGACGCGCAGGGCUUCAUUUAGCGCACAAUCAGCAUCCAGCUAUGCUUUGCCCGACCAAUCUUCGCUAGAACAACAUCCAAAGGAUCGUGUUAAAUUUUCUACGCCUGAAUUAGUUCCACUUGACUUGAAGAAUCCUGAACUUGACUCUUCGUUUGACCUGAAUAUGAAUCUAGAUUUAAACCUAAAUCUAGAUUCCAAUUUCAAUAUAGCAUUAAACCGUUCUGAUUCUUCUGGAUCAACAAUGAAUUUGGAUUAUAAAUUGCCCGAAUCAGCAAAUAACUACACAUAUUCUUCCGGCUCACCAACCCGCGCAUAUGUCGGCGCUAACACGAAUUCUAAGAACGCUUCAUUUAAUGACGCAGACUUAUUGUCGUCGUCGUACUGGAUAAAAGCCUAUAAUGAUCAUUUGUUUUCAGUAUCUGAAAGUGAUGAAACUUCUCCAAUGAACUCUGAAUUAAACGACACUAAAUUAAUCGUCCCAGAUUUUAAAUCGACUAUACAUCAUUUGAAGGAUUCAAGGUCCUCCUCUUGGACUGUUGCUAUAGAUAAUAAUAGCAAUAACAAUAAGGUAUCAGACAACCAACCUGAUUUCGUCGAUUUUCAAGAACUGCUGGAUAAUGAUACUUUAGGUAAUGAUUUGUUAGAGACCACUGCCGUUUUAAAAGAAUUUGAACUUUUACAUGAUGAUAGCGUAAGUGCUACCGCCACGUCAAAUGAGAUUGACCUUUCCCAUUUGAACCUAUCAAACUCUCCAAUUUCUCCUCAUAAGUUAAUUUAUAAGAAUAAAGAGGGGACCAAUGACGAUAUGUUGAUUUCUUUCGGACUCGAUCAUCCUUCCAAUCGCGAAGAUGAUCUGGAUAAGCUAUGUAAUAUGACCAGAGAUGUUCAAGCCAUAUUCAGUCAAUAUUUGAAAGGAGAAGAGUCUAAACGAUCCCUGGAAGACUUUUUAUCAACGUCAAACAGGAAAGAAAAGCCAGAUAGCGGCAACUAUACUUUUUAUGGGUUAGAUUGUUUAACGUUAUCGAAAAUAUCAAGAGCUCUGCCGGCCUCCACUGUGAACAACAAUCAGCCAUCGCAUUCCAUAGAAUCAAAGCUAUUUAAUGAACCAAUGAGAAAUAUGUGCAUUAAAGUGCUUAGAUACUAUGAAAAGUUCAGUCAUGAUAGUAGUGAGAGUGUCAUGGACUCUAAUCCAAACUUGCUGUCCAAAGAAUUGUUAAUGCCAGCUGUGAGUGAAUUGAACGAAUAUUUAGAUCUUUUCAAGAAUAAUUUCCUUCCCCAUUUCCCUAUUAUUCACCCAAGCUUGCUUGAUUUGGAUUUGGAUAGCUUGCAACGAUAUACUAAUGAGGAUGGGUAUGAUGACGCUGAAAACGCGCAGUUGUUUGAUCGAUUAAGUCAAGGGACAGAUAAAGAAUAUGAUUACGAGCACUAUCAAAUCUUGUCCAUUUCGAAAAUCGUUUGUUUACCCUUAUUUAUGGCCACAUUUGGUUCUUUGCAUAAGUUCGGUUACAAAUCUCAAACAAUAGAAUUGUAUGAGAUGAGUAGAAGAAUUCUACAUUCUUUUUUGGAGACUAAAAGAAGGUGUCGCAGUACAACAGUAAAUGACAGUUAUCAGAACAUUUGGUUGAUGCAAUCCCUAAUAUUGAGCUUCAUGUUCGCUCUAGUUGCUGAUUAUUUGGAGAAAAUUGACUCCUCUUUGAUGAAAAGGCAAUUGUCCGCAUUAUGUUCAACGAUCAGAUCAAACUGUUUACCGACAAUUUCUGCAAAUUCUGAGAAGAGUAUCAAUAAUAACAAUGAACCUUUAACAUUUGGUUCUCCUCUUCAAUACAUCAUUUUUGAGUCAAAAAUUAGAUGCACCUUAAUGGCUUAUGAUUUUUGUCAGUUCUUGAAAUGUUUCUUCCAUAUUAAAUUCGAUUUGUCUAUAAAGGAAAAAGAUGUUGAAACCAUUUAUAUUCCCGACAAUGAGUCAAAAUGGGCCAGUGAAUCGAUAAUAUGUAAUGGGCAUGUUGUGCAAAAGCAAAAUUUUUAUGAUUUUAGAAACUUUUAUUACAGUUUCACGUAUGGACACUUACACUCAAUACCAGAAUUUUUAGGGUCAUCUAUGAUUUAUUAUGAAUACGAUUUAAGAAAAGGAACCAAAUCACAUGUGUUUUUGGAUCGAAUCGAUACGAAAAGGCUAGAGAGGAGUCUUGACACUUCUUCCUAUGGCAAUGAUAAUAUGGCAGCAACCAAUAAAAAUAUUGCGAUCUUAAUUGAUGACACCAUAAUUUUGAAAAAUAAUUUAAUGUCAAUGAGAUUCAUCAAACAGAUUGAUCGCUCGUUUACUGAGAAGGUUAGAAAAGGACAAAUAGCAAAGAUAUAUGAUUCCUUUUUGAACUCUGUGAGGUUGAAUUUUUUGAAGAAUUAUUCAGUUGAAGUAUUGUGUGAAUUUUUAGUAGCGUUGAACUUUUCAAUCCGUAAUAUUUCGUCUUUAUACGUAGAAGAAGAAAGUGAUUGCUCCCAAAGAAUGAAUUCUCCAGAGCUGCCAAGGAUCCACCUGAAUAAUCAAGCGCUUUCUGUCUUCAAUUUACAAGGCUAUUACUAUUGCUUCAUCCUAAUUAUCAAAUUUUUAUUGGAUUUUGAAGCAACUCCAAAUUUUAAGUUACUGAGAAUUUUUAUUGAGUUGAGAAGCCUUGCGAAUUCUAUUUUACUUCCCACACUUUCAAGAUUGUAUCCGCAAGAGUUUUCUGGAUUUCCUGAUGUUGUAUUUACGCAACAAUUUAUAAAUAAAGAUAAUGGUAUGCUUGUCCCUGGUUUAUCCGCAAAUGAACACCAUAAUGGUGCAAGUGCAGCUGUUAAGACUAAGUUAGCCAAAAAGAUCAAUGUUGAAGGGCUUGCAAUGUUUAUUAAUGAAAUCCUAGUUAACUCUUUUAACGAUACCUCUUUUUUGAAUAUGGAGGAUCCUAUUCGAAAUGAAUUUUCCUUUGAUAAUGGGGACAGGGCAGUGACAGACUUGCCUCGUUCAGCACAUUUCCUAUCGGAUACCGGCCUAGAAGGUAUUAACUUCAGCGGCUUAAAUGAUUCGCAUCAAACUGUUUCUACUUUGAAUCUUUUACGUUACGGGGAAAAUCAUUCAUCAAAACAUAAAAAUGGUGGAAAGGGGCAAGGAUUUGCCGAAAAGUACCAAUUAUCUCUGAAAUAUGUUACUAUUGCCAAGUUAUUUUUCACCAAUGUUAAAGAAAACUACAUUCAUUGUCACAUGUUAGAUAAGAUGGCAAGUGAUUUCCACACUUUGGAAAAUCAUCUAAAGGGAAACAGUUGA